UGGCCUCCCCAGCAGCGGGAAGAGGAGGGAACCCCUCAGGGUCUACCAGAUCCCCCAGAGGAGGAGGAUCAGCAAAGACCCUAAACGAGUCACCAUGGAGGAUCUGCGCAUGCAGGCCGUCAAGGAGAUCUGCUACGAGGUGGCCCUGGGAGACUUCCGUCACUCCCGGCAGGAGAUCGAGGCGCUCUCCAUCGUCAAGAUGAAGGAGCUGUGCCGCAU